AGGAGGGAGGAGAGAGACAGAGAGCGCGCGAGCGCAACAGCGACCUUUUCCUCCCUUUGGGAUUGGGUUGCUGCCGAGCUCUGUCCAAUUCCAAUAUCAGCAGCUCCGCAGCAGGAGGGAUCAGCAGCAGAGCACCGGGAAAAAAAAAACUCGUUUUUUUUUUAUAUACCAGCCUCCGUCCCUGCGCGGCUGCUCUCCCCUUUGCGUCGCUCUUCUUCCCUUUCAGAAUCAGAAGGCUGCUGCUGUGCCCGACCGGACAAAGGGACGACGAAAAAAAAUAUAGAGUUAGUCACAGCACAGGGGGAGAGAGGGAGAGGGAGAGGGAUUGAGAAAAGGAGAUUUAGGGAGGGAGAGAGGGAGACAAGGAGAGAGACAGAGAUGGCGGCGAGGAGUCUCGGAGGCAAGCGCAAGCCUUUCACUCCCGCACCGAGAUAACGAUGUGCUCCUCGUAGGUUAAGGUAGUUGCGGAACAAGGGGGAGUUCUUGGCUGGGAUCCCGCCGAUGAUGAUGACAGUGGCGCCGCCGGCAUGGGCAUAGCGGCGCCACCGUCUCAGCCAGGGCAGACGACCACGUACGUGAGGCAACCAAAGAGCAGCCCAGCGAUCUCCGCCGGCCGCCCGGCCACAGCGAGUUCUAUGUCCCAAUCCCAGGGAUUCCACCAGGGCAGCAGCGGCGUCUUUGGCUUCUCCGAUGGCUUCGACCGGCCGGACUCCAGCCAGGACCAGCGGCAGGAGCAGCAGCAGCACGUGGCGCAGCAGAGCCGCCGCGACAAGCUGAGGGUUCAGGGCUUCGACCCGGCAGCCGCCGGCGGGCACGGCCUGCUCCCCAUCGAGGGCGACGAGCAUGCCGAACCCGGGGCCAUGUACGAGCAUACGGCGGCCGCUGGGGCCUCCAACAUGCUCUCCGAGAUGUUCAACUUCCCCGCGCCGCCGUCGGGACCCUCCGCCACCGAGCUGCUGGUCAGCCAGAUGGGCGCCAACUACCGCUUCGGGCUACGGCAGGGGCCGGGAGGGGUGGCCGGCUUGUCCGGCGACGGCAGUUGGUUCAGCGGCGGCGCGGCUAGCCGUGCUGGCUUGGUCCUCGGUGGGGCCAACCUGGGCUCGUUAGGUGAGACGUCAUCGCCCAAGCAGCAAGGCAGCAUGUCUGGCCUCACCGCCGACCCGGCCGCCGCCAUGCAGCUAUUCUUGAUGAACCCACAGCAGCAGCAGCAGUCGAGAUCGACGCCGACGUCGCCGCCGCCGUCGGACGCACAGUCAGCUAUCCAACACCACGAGGCGUUCCAGGCGUUCGGCAGCGCCGCAGCUCCGUUCGGCGGCUGCGGUGCCGGAGUGGUGGAAGGCCAAGGGCUGUCCCUCUCGCUGUCGCCAUCGCUGCAGCAGCUGGAGAUGGCGAAGCAGGCCGAGGAGAUGAGUGUCAGGGACGGCAUGCUCUACUUCAACCGGCAGCAGCAGCAACAACAGGGCCCGUCGAUGCAGCAGCUCCCGAUGGCAUUGCACGGCCAGGUCGGCGCACUGGGGCAGCAGCUGCACGUCGGCUACGGCCCGGCCGGCGUCGCCGGCGUGCUGCGCAACUCCAAGUACAACCGCGCGGCGCAGGAGCUCCUCGAGGAGUUCUGCAGCGUCGGCCGCGGGCAGAUCAAGGGCGGCGGGCGCGGGGCCUCGGCGUCCUACCCUAACGCAAGCAAGGGCGGCGCUUCCAGCUCCGGCGCCGCGCAGUUGCCGUCAUCCGCGUCCAAGGAGCCCCCGCAGCUGUCCCCUGCCGACCGAUUCGAGCACCAGCGCAAGAAGGCCAAGCUCAUCUCCAUGGUUGACGAGGUAGAUCGGAGGUACAACCACUACUGCGAUCAGAUGCAGAUGGUGGUGAACUUCUUCGACUCGGUGAUGGGGUUCGGCGCGGCGACGCCGUACACGGCGCUGGCGCAGAAGGCCAUGUCGCGGCACUUCCGGUGCCUCAAGGACGCCAUCGCCGCGCAGUUGCGGCACACGUGCGAGCUACUGGGUGAGAAGGACGCCGGCACCAGCUCGGGGCUCACCAAGGGUGAGACGCCGCGGCUACGUGCCAUCGACCAGAGCCUCCGGCAGCAGCGCGCCUUCCACCACAUGGGCAUGAUGGAGCAGGAGGCCUGGCGCCCCCAGCGCGGCCUCCCCGAGCGCUCCGUCAACAUCCUACGCUCCUGGCUCUUCGAGCACUUCCUCCACCCGUACCCGAGCGACGCCGAUAAGCACCUGUUGGCGAGGCAGACCGGGUUGUCGAGGAACCAGGUCUCCAAUUGGUUCAUCAACGCCCGUGUUCGUCUAUGGAAGCCCAUGAUCGAGGAGAUGUACCAGCAAGAGUGCAGGGAGCUCGAGUGCUCCUCGGCCGGCGGCGGCGGGCCCGAGUCCGGCAACGACCCCUCCGGCGCCGACGACACGCACUCCCCGACCACCACCGGCGCCGCGCAGCUCCCGCACCAGCAAUCGGGCAUGCAGCACGGCGGCGCCAGGCACCUGCAGCAAGAACACGGCACGGCGCCCGGCGUCAUGCCGCACAAGCCCGACCCAGGCGCCGCGGAGCCCUCGGCGGCAGACGCGGCCUUCGUCGGGAUCGACCCGGUGGAGCUCCUCGGCGGCGACUCGCACGUCGGCGGCGGCGCCGACGACCUGUACGGGCGGUUCGAGCCCGGGGUGAGGAUGCGGUACGGGCCCGCCGCGACCGGUUCGGCCGCCGGCGACGUGUCGCUGACGCUGGGCCUGCAGCACGCUGGGGCCGGCAACGCGGGGCCCGACGGCACCGGCCGGUUCUCCUUGAGAGACUACAGCGGUUGUUGAUGCUUAAUUGCUUAUACAUUACUACAUCACCAUUCAUGGCUCGUGCACGCAUGCAUCAUGCAUUUGGAGUAGCAGCGAGGAAAGAGAGAGAAAGAGAAGUAACCAGCAGGGAAGAUCGAGAGAGAGCUAGACAGAGAAAGAUGAGAAUCCAGAGAGAGAUUCGCAUGGUGCCUGGAGGUGAUGCAUGGGAUGGGAUAUAUGAAUAUGAGAUCACGAACCUUCAUCUUCUUCCGGAUGAUUCUUAAUUUACUUAGCUAGCAGAUUAAUUCCUUUUGUUAGGCAUUAUUGUCGGGGGUUAAGGACAACUAAUUUGUAUACAGCAAACUAGCAAAGGAAGAUAGGAAGUGUAUGUUAUAGAUUAUUGUUUAGUCACACACUUCUUUCUUUUUGUUCUCUGUUUUGCAUUUGCCCGUUUUUGUUCUGGUGGUGUACCUAUUUUUCUUGUACUCAUUUUUCUUUCCCUCUCUGUAACUAAACAUAAGAGAAAGCAUACAUACGUAAAUGCAUAUAUUGGUAAAUAUAGAGAUA